AUGUAUUAUUCCGACAAACUAGGCAUUCCAAAGACCGAUUUUUCUCGGUGGAGACUUCGAACCUCCGAAUUAGGUGCUCAGCGCUGGGAAUAUUUGUCCACCGAAGCAUCUCAAAAGGAUCCUCAGAAUGAAUGUACCAAGUAUCUCCUUAACGAGAUAUUUCCCAGGCCAGCUGCCCCAACUGUUCCCAAUACAGCUUCCCAAGCUCUUGAUAAUGCCGCUACCUUCUUUUCAGGUAUCCAGGAUCAUAAAUCCGGAACUUGGCCCAAUCAAUAUAAAGGUCCUAUGUUCAUGAGCAUAGGUUAUGUUGUUGCGUCGUAUUUCACCGGUAUGGAAAUUCCUGAACCUACUCGCAAAGAAAUGAUUAGGUACCUAGUUAAUACUGCACAUCCGGUUGAUGGUGGGUGGGGUCUUCAUGAGAAGGAUAAGUCGACUUGCUUUGGUACCACUAUGAACUAUGUAGUUCUUAGACUAUUGGGCUUGUCGGAUGAACAUCCUGUGUGUGUUAAGGCUCGCAAGACAUUGAUGAGACUCGGUGGUGCCAUUGGAUGUCCUCAUUGGGGUAAGAUGUGGCUUGCAUUACUCAAUUUGUAUAAGUGGGAGGGUGUUAACCCUGCACCGACAGAGAUGUUUGUUCUUCCUUAUGCUGUCCCCAUUCAUCCUAUGAGAUGGUGGGUUCAUACUAGGGCCAUCUAUCUUGCAGCAGGUUAUUUGGCAACUUCGAAAAUCAAAUGUGAGCUUACUCCAUUGUUAGAACAGCUUCGUAUUGAGAUAUUCAGCAAGCCGUUCGAUAUGAUUAACUUCUCGUCCAAUAGAAACACUGUUUGUGGUGUUGAUUUGUAUUAUCCACAUUCCACGUUGCUCAAUACGUUGAACUGGUUCAUGGUGAAGUAUGAGAAGUUUGUUCGCCCUAAGUGGUUGCUUGAUUAUUCCAACAAAAAAGCCUAUGAGUUACUUCUUAUGGAGAUGAAGAAUACCUCGUACCUUUCCAUCGCUCCUGUUUCGGGUGCAUUCACUGCCAUUGUUCUCUUUGUCGAACAGGGAGCUCUAGGCAAAGAUUUCAAGCGCAGUUAUGACCGUAUGUCUGAAGAACUAUUCAUGGGACCAUUGGGAAUGACUGUUAUGGGUACCAAUGGUUCUCAAACUUGGGAUUCAUGCUUUGCCAUUCAAUCCUUCUUUAUUUCUGGGCUUGCCAAAAAACCCAAGUAUCAUGAUAUGAUCGUCAGAGCUUUCGAGUUUUUGGUGAGAUCUCAAUUUGAUACGGAAUGUAUUCCUGGUUCGUUUAGGGAUAAACGAAUUGGUGCCUGGCCAUUCUCGACUAAAGAGCAAGGCUAUACUGUUACUGAUUGUACCUCGGAGGCCAUGAAGGCAAUUUUGAUAGUGAUGAACUCUAACGAAUUCGUUGAUUUGCACGAGAAGUUUGAUAUGAAGAAAUUGUACGACUCUAUAGACGUUGUUUUGGGUCUUCAGAAUGUCGGUUCCUUUGAAUUUGGAUCCUUUGCAUCAUAUGAAUGUAUUAAAGCUACUCCGUUGCUUGAGUUGAUCAAUCCGGCUGAAGUUUUUGGUAAUAUCAUGGUAGAGUAUCCAUACGUUGAAUGUACAGAUUCGUCUGUGCUAGGCUUGAUUUAUUACAGUAAGUGCCAAAAGUACCGUCAUGACGAUAUUCAAUUAGCAGUCAAGAGAGCCAUCGAAUACAUUAUGAAAGCACAGAAUGAUGAUGGUUCCUGGUAUGGCUCUUGGGGUAUUUGCUAUACUUAUGCGGGUAUGUUUGCACUUGAAGCACUUUCCCAAGUGGGACAGAGUUACGAAAACAGCGAGGUGGUACGCAAAGGAUGUGAUUUCUUGACUGCGUGGCAAUUGAAUGAUGGAGGUUGGGGAGAAACCAUGGGUGCUAGUGAAACUCACAGCUAUAUCUCGAGUAGAAGUUCCCUAGUGGUGCAAACCUCAUGGGUAGUGAUUGGACUUCUUUUAGCUGAGUAUCCAGAUCAGCAGGUGAUUAGAAGAGGCCUUGAUUUGAUUCUUAGAAGGCAGCAGAAGAGCGGAGAGUGGCUCUACGAAAGCGAUGAAGGCGUGUUUAAUCAUUCUUGUGCCAUAGAAUAUCCGAACUAUAAGUUCAUCUUUCCUAUCAAGGCGAUCGGCUUGUAUUUGAAUCGGUACGGAGACUUUUCUAUUUUGCACGCCAGUUCUUAA